AUGGCCCCUCCGCGUCUCGCCCGUCUUCCCCGGUGGAUCAGCCACUGGCUUGGCUAUCGCCCAGAGCCCGUGAAGCCACUCUCUAAAUACGAAGUCGCUCUAUGGUCGUUCAUAAUCUCAUUCUGCGGUCUAUCGGUCUUACAAGCAAUUUUCAACUACUCGGACUACUUCAAAGAGCGCAAUGUACCGGGUAUAAUCGCAUCCUACGGUGCAUCCGCCGUCCUCGUCUUCGGCGCAAUUGAAAGCCCCCUAGCGCAACCGCGAGCUCUAGUCUUCGGCCACUUCUUCAGCGCCCUGACCGGCCUCUGCGUUACCAAGUUGUUUAGCUUGAUGCCCGACAAAGCGCGAUUCGAGUCCCUGCGCUGGCUAGCCGCGUCGCUUUCAACAGCCAUUGCUAUUGUCGUCAUGCAGUUGACGGGUACUACCCACCCGCCUGCUGGCGCGACUGCUUUGCUCCCGGCUACCAAUGAGGAGAUUUGGCGGCUUUCUUGGUACUACUUGCCUGUAGUCCUGUUAUCCUCGACUAUGCUCUUGGUGUGCGCGUUGCUGUUGAAUAAUUUGCAUCGCCGGUAUCCGGCUUUCUGGAUCGCACCUACGCCGCCGAAGCCGGCUGCGCCUGUUGCUCCGUUGGCGCCGGCGCCUGUUGACGUUUCGUCGGAAGAGGAGAAGUCGGUGAAGAGUCCUGUUUGA